CGAAACCUGUUCAGCAAUACGCAAUCUUCACAAGCUUAAUUUAUUUUCGUCGAAGGAUUAAAACCACUGCAGGUAAAUACCAAUGGAGUAGGAACAAUAGAGUAAAGAAAAUUAAAUCGGUUAAUAAGAAUAUGAGGACAACAAACAUCAUGGCUUCCUCCAGCAAUGCCCUGUGUGAAGAUCAGCUCCAGUGUCCCAUCUGUCUGGAUGUGUUCACUGAUCCAGUCACUACUCCAUGUGGACACAACUUCUGUAUGAUCUGUCUCAAAGAGUUCUGGGACAGCAGUUCACACAGCCAGUGUCCAGUUUGUAAAACCAGUUUCCCAAAAAGACCUGAGUUAAGUGUGAAUACAUUCAUCUCUGCAGUUGCCGCUCCGUUUAAGAAGUCAGUUCAGGUGAAAUCCAGCACUGCUGCUGAAAAACCCAACCAAUCUCAGGUGCUCUGUGAGGCUUGCUGUGAAAAGAAAUGUGCAGCUAUGAAGUCCUGCCUGAACUGUAUGGCCUCUUACUGCAAGACUCACCUGGAACCUCAUGAGAGAGUUUCUUCAUUAAAGAAGCACAAACUGAUAGACCCUGUGGAGAACCUGGAGGACUAUAUCUGUCAGAAACAUGAGAGACCCCUGGAGCUGUUCUGUAGAGAUGACCAGACGUGUGUGUGUCAAUUCUGUACUCAGGGAAAGCACAAAACUCAUAACACUGUUCCUCUAGAGAAGGAGAGUGGAGACAAGAAGAUUCAGUUGGGAAAGACACAAGCAGAAGUUCAGCAGAUGAUCCAGGAGCGACUGAAGAAGAUUGAGGAAAUCAAACAAUCUGUAAAACUCAAUAAAAAAACCACAGAGAAGGAGAAAUCAGACUUUGUAGAGAUCUUCAGCAAUCUGAUGAGAUGCAUUGAGAGAAGCCAGGCUGAGCUGCUUAAGGUGAUGGAGGAGAAGCAAAAAGCAGCAGAGAGGCAGGCUGAAGAGUUCAUUAAAGAGCUGGAGCAGGAAAUCACUGAGCUAAAGAGGAGAAACACUGAGCUGGAGAAGCUCUCACACACUGAGGAUCACCUCCACCUCCUACAGAUUUACCCGUCACUGUGCAGCCCUCCACACACCCAGGACUGGACUCAUGUCACUAUUAACACUCAUCUGAAUGUGGAGACUCUGAGGAGGUCUUUGUCUCAACUUCAGGAAUCUCUCAGAGAGGAAAUGGUCAAGCUUCAUGAGAUCAAACUGAGGAGAAUUCAACAAUAUGCAGUGGAUGUGACUCUGGAUCCUGAUACAGCAAAUCCUAAACUCAUCCUGUCUGAUGAUGGGAAACAAGUUACAGAUGGCGACAAGAAACAGAAUCUCCCUGAUUAUCCAGAGAGGUUUGAUCGUUGUCCCUGUGUGUUGGGAAAGGAGGGAUUCACCUCAGGGAGAUUUUACUAUGAGUGACUUCAGUCUGGAGAAUCUCAGAGGAAGAGUCCUCAGUGUGGCACAAUUCAGCAUGGAAUGUUCUGACGGUCUAGUUGUAUCAUGGCAUCUGUUUCUGUGGGGAGCAGUGUGUACAGUGUGUCCAGAGAUCAUGGACAAUGCCUUUUUCACACAGAUCUAGAUCAUGAACCUGUCAUGUUUAGAAUUCAUUCAACUUACUUCAAUAUUCUAAGCAGAAUAUUUUAACAUAUACUGUAUGACACAAAACCUAAUUGUUUAGUUCCCUGUGCUUUUCAUGAGAUUUACAAAUAGAUGAAUCAUGCAAUUAUCACAGCAAAAACUUUAGAUUAAAACUCAAGUUUAGAUGAUUUUUACCCCUAUUGUUUUUUUUCUGGAGAAAUUUGUCUUUAACAAUUCUGAUUUUUUUUAAAUUAUCUUUAAUGAUUUUAAACCCACUGCACUCCUCUCUUAACUCCACUAUAUUUUUCGUCCACCUUCUUAUUACAGUUAAUAAACAAACCUGAUGCGUCUGUCACAUGUAAAUUCACCCUCAGACCUCAGCAGAAACAGAUAUGCUGUGAUUUAUACAUUCAGUGCUUACAUUUAAAUCUUACUGUCAGUGACUUUUAGAUGUGAUUUAGAAGUUCUUUUACACUUUAAAGUGUGGAGGUUUUCUGUUUAAAAUGGUAAUAUUAAGUCAAAUGAUUUUUGCUGAUGUUGAAAAUGUUUUAUUUACACUACUUAAACUCAGGAUGCUCGUUAUGUAAAAUGUAGUGACGUACUGACAGAGAUCUUACCUCAAACACUGUAGCGUUUGACCAGCAGAAUGAUGGUCACCAGCAGAUAAGGAAAGGUUGUCACCACACUACAGAUCAGCAUGAGCACUGAGAAUGGAGCUUCUACACCUGAUGGACAUGAAUCAGAAUAAAAUAAUAUUUAUAAUAAUGUUUUAUUCAUGCUGAACAGUUCAGAAUCAAUCUGCAGUAGAAAUAAAUUCAUUUACACUUGUGCACACAUUCCACAAUGUAACAUGGACGUACAUAUUCUAAGCACUAUAGCUUACAUCAUGUUAAGAUACUAAAUCUAACAGUUGAAUGAAUAUUUAAAUGAUUUCUCAGGUCUGACUAAAAGCCAGCUUUUCAUUGAUUCUCCUCUCUCUGGGUCUUUACAGUGAUGGAAACCUUCAUCUGACUGAGAGACAGUUUGGACAUCUUUAUAGAAAUCAGCUCAGAGUUUUGAAGAAUUUGUGAUUAAUAUAAAGAGUGUCGCUAGGGCUAAUCGUGAUUAAAUGAUUUGAAUCUAGAUUCUAGCCCCGAAUGUUUUAUCCCGAAUUUUGCCACCGGAGUGUAGAGGCAUUAAGUAAAUGUUGAUCGGUUUAGUUGAGCACCGUUGCCGUUUACUGUACACGAGUUUGACUGACAUCUCUCUCCGCACACACGCGCGCGCGCCCGCCAAAAUACCGCGAGAGUGCGCGUGCAAUAAUAAAUAGCGAAAUAGCGCGUGCUUGCGGAGAGAGAUAUGCUCUAGAACCGCUCUCGCGAUACUUUAAUCUCAUACGCCUAUCGGUCUGCACCUAUACACACUCACACACCACGUGACUAAAACACACACCUAUACACACACACACACACACCACGUGACUAACAUACUUUACAGCCCUUGUCAGAAAACUCAACAAUCUUUUAUUCUGAAAACCCCUGACAUAAGGACCCUUUUGAAUAUUAUUCCAUGCAAGAUGUACAAAAGCUUUAAAUUAAAUAAGCCUAAAAAUAGAUCUAAAUAAAAUCUAAACUGUUAAAGCACUAAGACAUUACAGUCUGAACAUCAUGACUUUCUAUUAUUCAACUAAUGCAGUAUUUAAGUUGAAAUACAGACAUGACUUAGGGGAACAAUGGACCAGAACAGACUCCAUCAUUCAGCUGUUCUGUCUAUUGAUAAAGAAAUUCUCAGCACUAUAAAUACUAGUAUGGUAACUGACCGUUUUACUCAAGUCCAGUCUUGGAGAUACUCUCUGAUGAUUCCACCCUCAAAGAAAUAGGAUAGAAAAGUCACCAAGAGCAUGAAGUAGACAAGAUACAAGCAGCAAGACAGAUGAGAGAACAAUAAGAGGAGAAGAGAAGAGAGGUUGUAAAAAACAAAACAAAACACAGAAUAAUACAUACAGUAGUGCUGGCAUGAAUGAGGAAUGAAAUAUAAGGUGCAGUAUAAUAUAGAUUAUUGUAAAAUAAUAAUAAUAAUAAUAAUAAUAAUAGUAAUAAUAAUAGAAGAUCUACACGGCACUGCUUCACACACAAGCUGUAAAAGAGAUAAUAUUGCAUACCAUAGCUGUGUGAGAGAAAAUGUUAUUAAUUUAAUGAACCCCGUUUAAGACUCUGAAAUCAUGGGAGGAGUCAGAAAAAAGAUUGAAUGAAAUGUUCUAAAGUUGCAUACUGUUCGUGUUAAUUUGUGUUUAUUAUUAAACAAUAUUUCUUAAAAAUGCUUUUACAAAACAUGUUAUUCUUGCUUUCCCUCUCUCCCUAACUAGCCCCUGAUGUUUCAGGCUCAGACCCUGAUGUUUUCAAAUCCUAGGAACGUCCGUGGUCAGAGGAUGGACAGAGAUUUAAAUUAUGAAGAAAUACAGCACAUUUUAAACUCACUAAAACU